AUGCGGCUUAUGACAGUUGAAGAAAAAGGAAGUAGGAACAAGAGAAAAUUCCGAGCCGAUCCGCUUUUAGCUGACCCUAAUAAGAUCUUCCCUUCACCUCCAAAUGAAUGCACAAGUUUUGAAUUUUCAGCUGAAAAGGUGGAGAUUCCUCCAAGUCGCAGGCAUGCAAACAGUUGUGACACAAGUUGCAUGAACCACAAUAAAUCUGACGCUUUGAAACUCGAUCUGGGAUUGGCAUGUGCAGAGGAAAGUUGCAAUGGUUAUGAAGUUGGUACAGAGAGAGCGGGAAUCACAAAAUCAGCUCCACGAGUUGACAGAGUGGGCGAAUCAGAAGGUCAUGCAGGCUGCUAG